CUCACAGAAUCAUUCUUUAAAGCGCGCGCGAACCUUUCGCACCAGCAGACCGCAGAUACAAAGAUACAAAAAUUCGCAAACACACUGAGAAUUCGCAAGACCGAAAAUCGCUGAAAAGUAACUGCAAAGCAGGCUAACCGAGUGGAAAAGCAAAGAGCCCGGGCAGCCGAAAAGUGCAAGUGAAGUGCGGAGAGUGGAGUUCUGAGUUUUACCACUGCCAACUAAAAGCAAAAAAAAACAAGUAAAACAAAUUAGGAACGACGGAGGCCUAGUGGCCCAAAUUCAGAACGGCAAAUUCAGAAAGCGAAGAAGAUCAAGCGAAAAUUUGAAUAAUUAAAAAUAAACACGCGCCGUGCGAGAGAGUGUGAGUGUGCGUGCCGCGUAUCCGUCAGAUACGCAAAGCAAAGCAUAAGCAGAGCCAAAUCGCUGACGUAUUUUCACCCGAAUACCGUUAUAUAGCCGGCCGGCUUUUUGUGCCCAAUUAACGCACAUUCAACAAAUUGCCCAGACGCGAAAAACAAAUUGUAACAUUCGGCAUCGGAAUAUCGAAUUAAAGCCCAGUUUAUCACCCGCAAUAAAUUGUAGCGCAAAACAACAAAAAAACAAAAAAGAAAAAUAAACAACAUAAAACCCCUAAAGAAGAAAACCAAAACCUCAAUAAUAUACUUACCUUUCGUCUCAUUUAAUUUCGCUGCGGUUCGUUGUGGUGCAGUGUAAUAGAGAAAAGUUUAUAAAUAAAUAUACAAUAUACAAAUAACUGAAUGCAGAUGUUUGGCAUAAUAAGUGUCACAAUCAAUUGCUGAGCGGCGAGAUCUUGAAAAGUACGCUAAAAGGAACCCAUUGAGCUGAAGAAGCGACUGGAGGAAGUGCGUCUGCUGGAAUCGCGACGCUCCGCCCGUCUGGCAGACCAGGAUCGCGACACGGACUUUGCCAGACUCGCCGACAUGAGUGGCGAACGCCGCAGAACCACCACACACAGUAUUGAGGUGCCAUCGCAGCUGACGGCGCAGCACAAUCCCCGGAAACGUCCGCCCAGCGAUCACCAGGACUACAGCAACUACGAGGAAACAUGCCGUGCCGCCGAGAUUCUGUCAUCGAUGAAGCUGCAGGGUCCGCAUGGCUCAAUGGCCGACAAGUGCUCGAGUCCCGGCAGCAGCUCGUCGGCUUCCUGGAGCUCCGGCUCCCCAUCGCCGCCGUUGAGCGACGACGGCCACGCCCACCACAGCCCACACAACAUGAUGUCGCCCCACGAUGCGGCCAACGCACGCAUACGCACAACAUCCGUGUCCACGUCGGACGAGGGCAUUGUCAUCGACUUCAAGGAGGAGCGCAAGAAAAAGUCCAAAAAGUUCCGAUGCGUUUAUCGAGGAUGCGCUGGCCUGGUGGCCGAUCUCAAUACAGUCAUGCGUCACAUAAGGAAAACACAUUUGGGAAAGGACGCUCAUCGCUCCGCGAAUGAUGACUGUGAGGACGAGGAGGAGUUCUACUACGAGGAUGCCGACGACGACGACGAGCAGGUGAAGCCCAGUCUGGCCUCCGAGCCGACGCUGAGUCACCGGGACAUGGCGCGUCCGCCGCACGAGGAUCCCGAGUACCAGAAGCAGAUUGUGGGCAACUUCAAGCAAGGACGCGCCGGUAGCCACUAUAACCACCUAGCGCAGUCGCACGGACGCACCAUCAGUGGCAGCAACAUCCCGAGCACCCACCAGCAGCAGCUGCAGAACAACAACACCAGCUGCAUCCCCACUUCGCACCUGGCCCACCACAACUACACAUGCCCGGCGGCGACGGCGACAGUGGGCAGCUACACCACCUCCACGGGGACGGGGCCGGUGGCGGCCAGUUCAUCAGGCUCGCCGCUCGGCAAGCACGCUCGCUCGUCGUCCACCCGUCCGACCCACUCGGUAGCGCCAUAUCCAUCGCCGACGUACGUCCAUCAGCAGCAGCAGCACCACCAACACACGCACCACCACAACUACGCCGGCAGCAGCAGCAACAGCAGCAGCAGCAGCAGUCCAGUGAUCCACAGCAACAGCAGUGCCAACAACAUGCUGCAGCAGCUGGAGCAGCAAAACGUCACAGUGACGGCGCACCACAGUCAGCAGCAGCAGCAGCAACUGCAGCAGCAGCAACACCACCAGCAGCAGCAACAACACAGCCACCAACAGCAGCAGCAACAUCUCCUGUCCAGUGUGACGAUCACGCCCAAUUUCCAUCCGGCGCAACAGCAGCAGCCGCACCACCACCAACCGAUGCGCGGACACCAGCAGCAACAUCCACAGACAACUGCCGGCAACCUGGUUGCCCAAAACAACACCAACCACAGCAACGGAAGCAACGGCAGCAAUCCGCUGCAGCAGCAACAGCACAUGGCGCAACAGGUGGCCGUCAAGCAUACGCCCCAUUCGCCCGGCAAGAGGACGCGUGGCGAGAACAAGAAGUGCCGCAAGGUGUACGGCAUGGAGAAGCGCGACCAGUGGUGCACCCAGUGCCGGUGGAAGAAGGCGUGCAGCCGCUUCGGCGACUGAAAGCGACAGAAGUCGUCGACGGAGGCGGCAAACCAGGCGUCGGCGCACCAGUCCAAGGCAGCAACAGCAUCAACAGCAGCAGCAGCAUCAGCAACACCCAAUCCAGCAGCAAUAUCAGCAACUCCCAACCCGGCAGCAACAUCUUCCCCAAAAAUGACCACCACAGUGGUGCGAUUGGCCGCCGAGGUGGCUGCCGGCAAGCAGCUACCCUCGUCGUUGACUAUCAAAACCAACAAGCGUUACGGUGCACAGAUGCAGCAGCCGCAGCAGCAGCAGCAGCAACAACCGCAUUCGUAUGCGGUGACCGCCAACAGCAACACAAUCAGCAAUCGGCCGGUGCGUAUACGCAGUGUGGCCACCUCGGUUAUUGUGGCGCCCAUUGCCUGCGCAGCCACAACGACGACCACCACGCCCACCAACAUGGAGGAUGCUGACGAGGAGCCAGAGGAGCUGGAGGAGGAGCUGGAUGAGAUGGAGCAGGAGGAUCAGGAGGCGCUCGAGGAUCAGGAGGAGGCGCAGGUGGCUGCUGCCAACGGCCUGCUGGCCUGGAGCCGAGCAGCCGCCAACCAGCAGCAGGCGCAGGCCGUGCUGAUGCAGGGCUAAGUCGACCUUCUGGACUCCUGGAUGGAUGAGAAUGGGUGAAAUGGAUGCGAAUGGAUGGCUGUCGGUGGCAGCUGUUGCCCCCCUCCAGACGACACAAAUCGCAAAUGAAUGCAAAUGCAAAUGCAAAUGAAAAAUGGUCUCUUCUUAUUUACUCUGCAUUGAAUUGUGCACCUUAAACACGUAACGGUAUCUCUUUUGUUGUUGUGCAGGUGUUUGCCAACUGCCGUGCAAAUGUUGCUGACAUUUGCGCCCGGGCAACAUUUGCAAUCUACAAUAAUCUAAUUAUUAUUAUUAUAAUUAUUAUUAUUACUAUUAUUGCAGUGCGUAAAUAUACAUAUACAUACAUAUAUACAUAUACAUAUUUAUUUCUAAAAUGACUUUGUUAAUUCUUAUGUUAAAAAGCUGAAAAGCAGUUGGCAGAUUUUUAUAUACACAGAAAAAAAACGAAAGCAGCAAACAGUUAAGAUACAUAAUGUACGUAUGCCAGCUGUUUUACAUAAAACAUAACAAAAAAAUGCAAAAGAAAAAACAGCAAAAAACAAUUCAAGCAUAAACCAACAACAACAACAAAAACAACACAUGAAAACCAACAACAAUAUUUAAAGCAAAUAUACAUUUGAUUUUUUUUAAUUGUAAGAACUCUAGUAAAUUUUUUUCUAGUAUUAAGUGCAAUUUCUGUUCUACUUCUCGCUCUAAACAAAGAAAACAAAACGAAAUGAAAUGAAAUGAAAUGUAAGAAAACGAAUCAAACCAACUCAAACAAACAAACAAAUCAAAAUGAAACAAUCGGCGGUGGUGCAGAAAUCACUUAGCUCUGAAUUUACAUUGAUGUACGUAAGAAUUCGUCACGAAGUGAUUUGUGUGCCGCCGCCGCUUAAAAGCAGAAAUAUUUAAACGAAAACCUAAAAAUAUGCAUAUUAAAUAUUCAAGGCGUUGCAUCUACACAUUAAAUAGGCAUAAACGAAAAAUAGUUAAAUUACUUGCAUAAUCACAUGUAACUCAAAUCCAAGAGCCGUUUAAACAAUUUGUAAGUGUGUGUGUUAAGCGCUAAGAAUUAAGUAUUAAUCGACUUCAUGCAUACGAGCGGCAAUAGAUGGACACACAGCUAAAUAAUCUAGUUAAUUAAGCACCCAGCCACCACAAACCCACCCACAACCAAGUACCCAAAAGCCCAAACUCUCAAACAUCUAUAGAACAAUUACCCCCCAACCCGAAAACCCAAGAACCCGAGAUCCCGAGAUCCAAAAACCACGCUAAUGUAACAUAUAGACAUACGAGCAACUUAAACUUAAACGUAGUGAAUUUUAAAAACAAACAAACCAAGCAAACAAACAAACAAACAAACAAGCAAACAUGCAAACAGACAGACAGACAGGCCGACAGACAAACAGAUGGAUUGUGAGGUAGAUCUUAUAUCCUUAUAUCCUUAUCGAGAAAAGGGAAUCGUCGAAAUUUCAAUUGGAGCCAGAAGGAAGACACUUUCGAACAUGUUCAAAUUUUUAAUACAUUGUUAAGUUGAUAUUUUCUAAAAACACACAUAAAAACGAAAAAUGAGCUAAAAUUUGUCUAUUAAUUAAUUUGUAAUGAACUUAUGACUAAAAUCUAAGAUUUAAAACCAACAAAAACUUUUUGCGUUGUGCAACUGUUGUGAAUUGUUCAAAUUACGGUAUACACAUACAAACAAUGACGUCACAAAGGACCCAGCGAGGUUUGCGAGGAUAUAGGCGUAUGUAGCCCAUCUAGGGAUAGCUACAGAUUGAGAUUGAAUGAAGAGCAGGAGAAUUUACGGAUGAAGAAAUGAAAAUACACAAGGAAUUCUUAACCAAAUUGGAAGUACAAACUAAAGUCUAGAAUAUGUAAAUAUAGAACCCCCAUACACACACUUAAAGAACGGAAGUAAAAGGGAAUACGAAGCGGAAGUGCAAUGGGAUAACGAACCCACAAGGAAACCGAAUCGCGAUCGGAAAAGUAAUGUUGAUGGGCGAAGCGUAGAGGAGAGGAGGGAAAAUUGAGCUUAGGCGGCAGCAGCUUUAAAAAUGUUUAAAAAAGAAAAUGGAGGAAAUAUUAGGGAGAGCGGGAAAAUGGAUAGAUAACGCGAAAGCGGAACCGGAAGCGGAAGCAUGCAAAAACCGUAAGGAGAAAGUAAAACACGCAAGCGAAAAUUUCAUUGAAAUUGUUUGCCGUGAUUUGAAUGAAAUUCAUAAUGGUGGCCAUUUUUUUGUAAUGCGAAAAAGUUUAACAACAUUUUGUACACUUGUAUUUCGUUUUUAUUAACUAUAAGUUUAACCAAAACAACAACAACAACAAGAACGAUUGUUAGCAAACGGAGUAAAAUGCAACUGAAAACGGAGAAAAUGCAAUACAUUUUACUUAUUUUUGUCUGUCGCCCUAGGACGGCGUCUUCUAUUCUUUAUUACGAAUUAUGAUUACGAGUAUGAUUAUUGUCAUCAUUAUUAUUGUUUUUCUUGCUAAUUUUCGUGCACCACACACAAAAACACCCCCACACACACACAAGCGUAGUUAAGUGCGCACACUCGAUCUAUUUCGUUGCGUUCUGGAAAUUAUUUAAACUUAAGUGAUAUUUUUAAACAAACAAAAAACAAAGAAGAAAGAGGAAAGAAAACUAUCCAUUAUUAUAUAAUUAUCGCUAAUAUUUCUUACUAUUUUAUGUGUACGAUUACCACGAUUAUCACGAAAAGAGCAAGAAAUACAAGGCAGUCUAAGUCCCUCGAUCCGGGAUAUCCUCAAAAUCCCGAUCGGGGAUUAGAACUGGCCUGGAAAACAGACGAAAAGUGACAACGGAUGAAGCAGAGUGAAAAUGCUUAGCGAAGAUAAGCGAUGAAGGUUUAUGGAGGGAAAUAUCAGAAAUAUCAGUAAAGGUCAAAGCUCUAAUCCAUCGAACAUGAAUGCUAGAUUCAUUCAAUAGCGAGAAAUAAUAUUUCUUUUUGAUUUUUUUUCUUGAAAAGAAUACAACACAACAACAACAACAAGAACACCCAUUUUAUUAAAAAAUAUACAAUUGUUAUUUAUAAUUAAACAAAACAAAAACGAACCACUUUGUUUUUAUUAUGAUUUCACGUUCAAUUUUCAGUUGCCCCCUUGGUUUUCCCACCCAUUCAGUUUUUGUUCCUUGGUUUUUGGAGCGAACGGUUUCCGCACUCACGGAAACUCCAGCCGUAAUCCUUAUAAUCCUUAUAAGAGGAAUGCAUUUCCCGAACAGACACGGUUUCUCCCAGGGUCUCAGACGUAGAACAGAUGGUAUCGAUACAAAUUGUACAACUUUCUACUGCAUCCAUUGGCAUUGGCAUUCCGUUGGUAGAAUGGAGCCAGAAACACAGUUGCUAGAUCCCCAAAUGUUGGAUUGUUCUUUCCGCUGGAUGUUCUAAGAUGUACAGAUAAAGCAGUGCUUGCAUAACAACAGAUCGAUGUGUUUAUCUCUUAACUAGCUAUACAUAUAUGUAUGUACUUAUUAUCGGGCAUAUUUGCCAACGUGUACGUCUAAGCAGCAUAUGCAUAUGCAAGUAGAUGGAAACUUAUGAUAUUUCAUUGGAUAUUUAUCGUCGUUAUUGAUGUGUAAACAUAAAAUUAACUCUAAGCUCGUUGUAGUCCCUUAAGGAGGAUCGAGUUUGGUUAAAAUUAGAAAUCUCACGGCAGCUGGCGGCCGGAUUCGGAUGCAGAUUCGGAUCUGGCGCAGCGAAUGCUGGUUCAGCGCGGUAUGUUGCAUCCACUAAACGAUAACUAAGUAAUUAUACUUGAUACAUUAUAUACAUAUACAGUACAUUUAGGUGUGUAGCUAGGGGCAAAGUGUCUGAGCGAUUUUUGAGCGAUUCGCACUUCGGACUUUGGACUUCGGACUUUGGUACUCCGCACGGAUGUAUGUUUGUUAUAUCCGUGAGAUUCCACUUCCGUUUCCGGGCAGAAUCGGAGCUCAGCGACCGUGGCUGCGGCCUGCGCGUCUUUGUGUGUGUGUUGGUGUUCAUUUUUUGGAUAAUUGGAAAGCGAAAUUAGUUUUAAAACAAAAUUGCAUUCAAUAUAAGGCUGAUUUAUUUGACUCGUUCAUUUUGAUAUAUACACUCAAGCACACACACACGCACUCACACACCAAACACACACGGCACACACGCACACUCACGCAUAUCAGCCAGGCAGCUAACGGUGCUAGACAUUGAAUUCCAUUUAAGAUUAAGUGCAUUAAGUCGGUUAGUUUAGUGAGUAUCCAGCAAAAGACUUGCGCAUCGUUUAUUUGGCUGCGUUUUCACGAACCCAUUCACUCACAUUCAAAUCCAUUCACUCGCAUUCAUCCCUUCACAAUAUCAUAGUCGAGAAUCGAACAGAAGCGGGCAAAAGGAGCUACAUCCUGGGGAUCUCUCGUUUUUCGUAGCAUACCCCAGGGGGCUGAGGUGAAAAGUUGUUGGACGGAAAACGGAAACGAAAACAAGUGCUCUACACUGCCAGCAACGAAAAUCCGCAUCCCCAUCCGCAUCCGCAUCCGCAUGCGAAUCAACACCAUCAUCUGCUUAAGAAACACACGAAUUCGAGGAAGCAAUAAGCUGUUUAUACAAUCAAAUACCCUGUAAUCAUGUAUCAUGCACACAUUAGAGCAUUCUUGUGAACUGACUGAUACUUCAAACCAAAAAAACAAAAAGAACUAAAAAAAAACAAGAAACCAUUAUAAGAGGCGAGAAUAUGUAUAGGGAAUAUCACGAAUAUCAGACGUGAAAUCAUCUAACAUAGGCCGCUUAAAGUUAAGCGAAAAAUCAUAAUUUCAAUAAUAGGUUUUAAAUAAGUUUUUCUACCCAAGAGUUGUUGUAACUUUUUUACAAUUUAAAAUUUAAAUUUAUGAUAAUUGGCAGGACAAUUGUUUUGAUAACUGAAAAGGACGCAAGCGUUAGGAUGAGAAUUUCGGCCGAAAUUGUACUCAAUUAUUUCGCAUUGAUUAUUGGCUGGCAACUGAAACCACUAGAUGUCUUCAAAAAAAGAUUGGCUACAUGCAUCCUUAAUUUCGAAAAGACUUUUUCUUCGGGGCGGAUACCCCAACCCCCCCUUGAAUAUUUAUGGGUUAACUCGGUAGUGGUACCCCAUGGAAAUCGGAGCGGAUUAAAAUUAAAGCUUAACACUUAACAAUUACUAUGUAACAUUAACAAUAAUCGGCUGCUUAGUUGGGCUAACUGAGAACUUUACUAGGAUCUAGGCGAUAUGAGAGAUGGAGAAAUGAACGUUGAAGGACUUGACGCGACUUGAUUAAAAUUAGACGCUCCCACUUCCCCCGUUCCCACCACAUUUGUAUUUGUAUCCGUAUUUGUAUGUCUAGCAUUAGGGGCAUCCCCCAGCACACACGCGUACACCCACACACACACUCACACACAGCCAUUCAUCAUCACCUUGAACUUUUCGUGUUUUUAUGUGUAGUUUGUAAGCGAAGAAAUGGGGAAGAGAUGAAUCUAUGAUAUAAUGAUAUAAUAUACUUGUUGUUGUGUCCACAUCUAUAGGAGUAACCAACCCGAAAUCAGAUCGAUGCAUCCUUGUUUUGUUUACGUUGUUGACUUGUUUGCUGUUACGAAUAUCAAUCGAUUCUAUUAUCCCCACUGUGUACUUAACUCGGUUCUGCUUGGACUGGCCAGCUAGUUGAACUGGCGAAGUCGGCGAAGUUAGGCUAGAGCAUACUUUAAAGGCAGGCGACGGUCGCCAGGAUCGCCUUGCCGCCACUGAUCACCACAUAACAAGGUACAAAAGAGGCGCAAUUGGGGCGGCAUCCACCCCCUGCCACGCCCAUUAGCCAAAGGGGCGCAAUAAGGCCUGGAGCAGGUGAAAAGAGAAGCACACAGACGACACAGAAACCAAACAACAAAAAAAAAAAACAAAAAACAAAAACUAAAACAGAUUCAGCUACAGAUUUAGAAACAGAUAAUAUUACAAUUACGAUAUAGCGUAACGGAGUUUUGCAUUUCCAAACGAAUACCAUAUGAAACCAAGUAAAUAACCAGCAACUAAGUGUCGUGUAUAUUCCAUGUUAAAAGUACAGCCACUGUGCUGCAUAUAAGCAUAUAAUUAUACAUGUAUACAGAAUAAAUAUAUAUAUGUAUAUAUAUAUAUAUAUAUAUAACCAUAUGCAUACAUAUAUCUAACCGAAACUAUGAAUAGCGAACGAGAACAAGAGCAAGAAAUCCCUUCAGACGGCAAUGAUUGUUCAUAUACCCUAGAUAAAUAGUUGUGCAUUAAUCAAUCGUACAGUUGUCUCAAUGUGAAAAGCUUAAGUCCACACCGAAACUAUUGUAAUAGCAGCUAAAAACUCGAGGACCCAAGGACCCCUUCCCCCCACUCUAAGAUACCCAAUCAGUGGUGACCCCAAAACCCGAUCAUGGUGACCCCGAAAAGUAAGAAAAUAAAAUACAUAACAUAAUAAAUCCGUAAUACAGAGCAGCAGAGAUGUUUAACACUUCAAUUAAACAUUGGUGAGAAUCGAGUACCUACAAAACUGAAAGAGAUAGAGAAGCGCCCACACACGCACACACAUCCUGCACAUCCUGUGGUGGACCAGUGUGCGUGUGGGGCGACUAUAUUUUUUGCAAAGCAAAUUGUGCAGCAAAUGCAACCGAAACUAACGGAUAACGUUUUACGCGCGAACAAUUUUAGACAUACAAAAAAGUAAAAAUCGAGAAGGGCAAUAUGAAGCGAGGGGAACACACACACAAACUACAGAUCAUAAAUAGAUAUAUUUUGCGUCUUUAUAUACAGGAAAACGAAAACGGCAUAUUUGUAUAUUUACACUCAAUGUACAGAUCGAAGCUACGACUCACAGCAGCUAGGGAUAUGUAGGGAUACUUUAGUACUUGUUGCUCGGUUGGCUUUUUAUGCUUCACGUUUACUCCCGACUUCAGAUCAGCCCAUUAUACCAUUAUGCCAUUAAGUCAUUAUGCCAUUAUCCAUUAACCUUGGCGUGUUGGCCAGGACUGGCACGCUUUCCACUUGGUGUACUGUCCACGGAACACUGAUCUGCAUAUGUACGUAUACCUAAGACCUAAGACCCAUCACACUCAUCACACCGAAGCAUUGACUCUAACACCACUCACGCUAUAUGGGAAGUCCCACGAAAUAAAGUCAUUUUCCAAACUAUUUUAAGCGAACGAAAACCUACAGAAAAGAAAAAGCAAGAAACUCUAAAAUCAUUUCAAUGGACGUGUUUAUGAAUGUUGAUUUUAAACAAUAAAUCGAAAUCAGAAUGAAUAAAGCAUAAACAACUAAAUGUAUGGAAUAAGUUAAACAAAAUACAAAUUCUAUAAUAAUAUAAUAAAAACGAAAAAAGACAAGAGCAAAAUGAUACUUUCAAAACUA